AUGUCACGAAGACGCGCUUCCGACUUUGCUCACAACUUCUUUCGAUCAAUUAUCUAUCGAUUUCGAAAAGACGCUAAGCGUUCCCUGUCUACGGGAGAUCUAGCGGACAAUUAUAUGAUGAUAGAUUUCUCACAGCCGACUACGAGUGGCCUUCCAGCUCAUUUCGAUGAUUGCGAUAGAGUGCCAAUGGUUUUUUCGGAUUCUGUACACCCUCAUCUUCUGUCGCAACACGAUCGCUGCGCCCAGCGACUGAUUCGCCGUGGAAGUGAAGCGGAUUGUGAUUUUGUUUCCACUGCCGAUUAUAAUCGUGCGCAAGUUUGGUUCUAUCAAGGCAUGGACCUCAGCAAAGCUGAACGAUUAUUGCAGAGCUCCGGCUGCGAAGACGGCUCCUUCGUAAUCUCACAGCAGUCACUCCAAUACGUUUUAUCGUUCGUGCACAGUGGAUCUGUGCAUCACCUCCGCAUAGGAUAUUCAGUGGGAAGUUCAGGAGAAGCUAAAUUUCGACUUGACAUAGAUCGCAGCUUCAAAAAUCUUCGCGAUCUGGUCUCGUACUAUAGCAAACACAGGUCAUUCAUACUUCCUAUGAAACUGAAACACGGUAUCGAGAGGCCACUUCACUUACUCAACGAACGGAUGCGCGCUUAG